GAAAAUCAGAAUCGGCGAUCAAUGGAAGUUUACCGAGCCAAACACGCGAGCUCUUAUUCCCCGUGACCGCGGAAGGGGCAGGCGUGGACGCGCACAGCCUGCGGACACCCAGCGGAUGUUGAUCUCGCUGACCUCCAAGCUUAUUGAAACCAAAUACGUUCGGUGACCCCAGCAUCUCGACCUUUGACUCUCGACUGGGAAGCAGCGAUGGGGCGUAAGCUGGAUCUGUCGGGUCUGAGCAAUGAUGAAGCGGAGCACGUGCUCAGAGUCGUUCAGAGAGACAUGAAACUCCGCAAAACGGAAGAGGAGAGACUCAGUGAAAUGAAGCAGGAGUUGGAGGAGGAGGGCAGUCGCUGUUUGCUCCUGUCUAAGCAGCACAAGUUCAACGAGCACUGCUGCAUCCGCUGCUGCUCUCCCUUCACCUUCCUGCUCAACCCCAAGCGCCCGUGUCUGGACUGCCACUACAACGUCUGCAAGUCCUGCCGCACGUACAAACAGAGCGAGAGGGGCUACGUCUGCGUUGCCUGCGAGAAGAGCAGGCUUCUGAGGACGCAGUCUCUGGAAUGGUACUACAAUAAUGUUAAGAGUCGUUUUAAGAGAUUUGGCAGCGCUAAAGUCCUGAAGACCCUCUACAGGAAACACAUCAUUGAAAGAGGAGCAUUAUCUGAUUUACCAGAGGUGAGUGCUCAUGAAGGCAGUAAUGAUAAUGGCAGUAUUUGUGAUGGCAGUGACUCCACGCUCUACAAACACAAUGAAGGGUACAGUAUGGCAGACACGCUCACCGUCGCCCUGCGUGUGGCAGAAGAGGCUAUAGAGGAAGCCAUCGCAAAAGCAGAGAGCUACAGAGAUAGUCUGGAGAAGCAGAAUGAAGCUCGAUAUUUGUGUGACCAUAGGGAAGAGCUCGUAGAGGAACUCGCCACUACAAUUGUUCAAAAAAUCAUUCAGAGGGGUAAGAGAUCUGAGAUUCAGGCCGAGUAUGAGUUUGUAUGGCCUCAGAAUCAAAGUAACGAGUUGCAGUCUCCCACCUCAACCCAAGGCGCACACGUAACACAGCAUUCACACACUACCUCCCAACACGGCGCAGUAGCACAGGCUGACACAACAAGCCCCUAUUCCCUGUGGAAGUCAAGAUCAGCAUUCUCUUUAACAAGUGACGAUUCACCAGAGAAGAGUCCUGAGGUGCUUAUGGCACCGGACGGCUCUGGGUGUUCAGAGGUAGAAAAAGACAUUCAGAACUAUUCUUCACUCAGGAGAGAGUCAAGAGCAUCAUCACUUCCAGGUUGGAAGUGUGUUGACCGCCUCGACAACUCCAGUGCAUCUUCAGUACUGCAGUCCCCUGAUGGUAACUGGAUCGCCCUGCAGAGCUCCCAGCAUUCCCGGCCCAGUCUGCUGACCAAGCGCAAGAGCCUCGUCUUCAGCGUACUCGAGAAAGAAUCGGGUGUCGUGUCCGCGUACGACGAAAUGGGCUCCGAUUCGGACCCCGAGGACCAGGGGGGCUGGGGGGCCGCCCUGUUACAGUUUCGCCGUCGUCUUUCUGACGAAACCUAUUACACUGACUCUCAACACGACCCUGAAUGGACAUACACCCAACACCCGCCUGUGACGUCACCCUCCUCGGGUCAGUAUACCAACACCGAGACCCUCAACUCGGACUCGGAAAUGUCAACCGGCCCAUCGACUCGAGCCCGCAUACUCGCCCAUGUUACGCCACAGAAGAAAAAAGGACAACCUGAUCCUAACUUGUGCCCUCCUUUAAAACAUCCUCCGUCCGCUGCUGCACCACAUCUUAUGAGGCCAGCGGUCCUGGAUGUGAACUUUAACCCCCGUUUGGGAGGAGAUAGCAGUGAUGGGGAGGAGCAAAGCGAGCAGGUCAAAAGGUCGAGGAGGCGACGUAAGAGCAAGCGCGAGAAUUCAGAGCAGAGCCGAGCACACAAUGCGCUGUACAGCGCUGCUACAGCGGAGAACAGCGCUCUGCUCCUCAACGCCAUGAUGAUGCGCCGACAGCUGAGCCAGGAUCCUCCAGCCCCUCUCGGUUACCACACUCCAGACACUGUGACCCCGCCUGAACUUUUGACCUCUGAUGACAUGACCCCUGAACCUGACUGUCAAAACACAGUGACGCACAACUCCAGCGCUGCCAGCCCGCCCAUGCUCAGCAGACAAGGAUUCGCCAUUCAGGGCCCCUUACUGAGGGCCUCCUCUGUCAAUGAAACCCUGGAACAGGAACUCAGAUCCAAACUCUGUGAACUGGUUGGCCAGGCCAGCGAGAAGGAUGUGCUGUCAUCACAAUUUGAACCAAUCAGAGAAGCUGGCGACAUGAGAAUGAACAGUGUGAGGGAGAAAGAAAGUGAGAUGAUGAGACCUAAAGAAAGUCGUAAUAGUAAAAGAGACAAGAGGAUUGAUAUAGAAGAAAAUGAGAAAAUGAAUGAACAGCAGCUGGAGAGACAGGGUGAUGUAGGAAAACAGAUACAUAUAGAGAGAGAGAUAGAGCGACAGAGAGAAAUAGAAAGACAGUUUGAGAGAGAUCAAGAGAGACAACGAGUACUGGAGCAACAAAUGGAGAGAGACAGAGAAAGAGAACGAGAAAUAGAGAUUCAAAUAGAUCAAGAGAAGAUUGAGUGGCAAAGGAAAAGCACACGCAUAGACAGUGAACCUGAUGUCAGAGUAAAGUGCAUGCAACAGGAAGUGAGCAGUGAAACAGAGGAAGUAACAGGUAGAGUAAAGGAACGAUUCGAGCAAACCAGGAGUUUGGAGGGAUACAAGUGCAGCGAGGAGGUCAAAAACAUUUCACUGAAGAGAAGCAAAUCAGAAACAAGGCCAGAGAAACGAGAACAACAUGAGACAAAGAGAACAGGGUCAAGCUUCACAUCUCCAGAGAGUGCCCCUUGUGGUCUGGAGGAGCAAAUGGCUCCAUCUGAGGAGGGGCUCAGUCAUCAUGCCUCAGAGCAGAAGCUUCAGUUACUCUCCUCUUUCUUACAUCAGAAGUACUCGGCUGCGUCCUUGUGCAGCAUCACCACCGAGGUUCUGAAGGUUUUAAACGCAACAGAGGAAUUGCUUGGAGAGGCAGAAGGCAAAGUUCACGACCCAUCUCCAGCUGGCACGCCAUUGUCUUCUAGCCCAGGAAACAAGAAGUUGGACCAGCACCUCACCAAGAUGGAGGAAAAUGUGUAUUUGGCUGCAGGUGCGGUGUACAGCCUAGAGGGAGCGCUGAGUGACUUAGAAGAAUGUGCUCGCGGCAUUAGUAGCUCCACCACAGAAACCGAACUGGCUUUCCUGGAAGACCAGGUGGCCACUGCUGCCGCUCAGGUGCAGCAGUCUGAGCUCCAGAUCUCUGAUAUCGAGGCAAGAAUAGCAUCCCUCAAAUCUGCAGGUUUAAAUGUGUCUACAUGCACAGGGUUUUCAAAGUACAAGUCUAAACCUAUGCCCCAGACUCUGGACUCUUCUCGACAUCAGAGGAGAAAACUACCUGCACCUCCUCUCAGGAGUCUGUCAGCAGGUUUGAACACACUUACAUCGACUAAUAUUAAGCUGGGAUUCUCCUCUAAGCGUUCUGACAUUAAAAGCUCAUUUUAUUGUCAAUAAACACAAAGCGUGCGUAACCUACAGCUUUUUAAGAUUUAGGA